UGGGCCCGCGACACAGACAUGUCUCCCGGAGAGCGGGAGACAUGAAACGGCAGCUCCGGAGGAGGCCGCGCCUUAGACUCCACACCCUGUCCCCUGAGCUCUGCCCUCGGAUGUCCGACCUCCCAGAGCCUGCAUGCGCCGUGGGGCGCCCCAGGACCAGGAGCUGGUGGGGCCGGGGGCCCCUGGACGGGGGUCCCGGGGUGCCCCUCCUCCCUCCGGACCCGUUGUCCCCGUCCUCGUCUUUCCCCCGGAUCUAGUAUUCAGGGCGGACCAGCGGAGUGGACCCCGACAGCUGCUGACCCUCUAUAACCCUACAGGAACUGCGCUUCGCUUCCGAGUCCUGUGCACAGCACCUGCCAAAUACACGGUGUUUGACGCAGAAGGAUAUGUGAAGCCUCAGUCCUGCAUUGACAUGGAAAAGCUCCUGGGGGGAAGGCCCGGAUUUGCUUGGAUUACUGCCUCUCACUCACUUCCUCUCAAUGGGCCUCUCUUCUACCUUGGAACCAGUGUGAUUCGCCACGUGGCCCCCAUUCCCAGCCACUAUGAUGUCCAGGACCGCUUCCGCAUUGAGCUGUCUGAGGAGGGAGCUGCAGGCCGUGUGGUGGGACGCAAAGACAUCACCUCGGUUCUGAGAGCCCCAGCAUCCCCCCUUGAGCUUCAGGGACAGCCUGACCCAACGCCCCACCCAGGACCUCCUGCCUGGUCAGCACCACCUACGGCCAGACACUCCCAGGAGAACCCCCGCCCACAACUGGCCACCAGCUCCUUUCUCCUCUUCUUGCUGACGGGUAUAGUCUCUGUGGCCUUCCUGCUGCUCCCACUGCAGGACGAACUCGGCAGCCAGCUGCCUCAAGUCCUACACGUCUCCCUGGGACAAAAGUUGGUGGCAGCCUAUGUCUUGGGCCUCCUCACCAUGGUGUUCCUCCGGACCUGAGUUCCCUGCCCCACCCCUGCCGCACGCUCCCCGGGCAGGGACUUGAGGCAGCCACUGUGAUGCUCAUACCUUGCCUCAACUCCUACUCUCUUCUUCUCCUUCCGGCCUACCCACCCUCUCCACCACCACCCCCCAAAAUACGCAGGGAUUUGUACUCAU